CUUCACGAGGACGGACACAGUCACACAGAUCGUACGUGCAAAUCACCAAUCACACCAUGCCUGCUUCCUCUGCUCCCCGCACCCUCCUCCUCUGCUCCUGCUUCCUCACUCUGCUCUUCCACUCCACCGCCGCUUCGCCGCGCGGCCUUCGCUUCUCGGCCGAGGACAUCGAUGCGGCGGCGCUGCCGGCUUCAAACCGGGCCAGCACCAGCCGCAGCAGCAGCAAGGCCAAGUCUACCUUCUUCGAGGUUAGCCGGCCGAUCCACCCGCCGCGGGGCAGCCGCGGGCCCUGCUCCACGCUCCUCCUGUCCCACUCCUUCGCGUCCACGUUCAACAAACCGCCCAUCACCGCCGCCUACUCGCCGCCGGCCUGCCUUCCCGCCGCAGGCGCCGGGGAUGUCUCCUUCGCCGUCCUCGAGUGGACCGCCGAGUGCCACGGCGUCCAGUACGGCCGCACCUACGGCGUCUGGCUCGGCGGGGUGGAGCUCCUCCGCGGAAGCACCGCGGAGCCGCGCCCCGGCGGCGUGACGUGGUCCGUGCACAAGGACGUCACCAAGUACUCGUCGCUCCUCUCGGCCGGCAACUCCACGCUCACCGUGUACCUCGGCAACCUCAUCGACGACAACUACAACGGCGUCUACGACGCCAAUCUCACCCUCCACCUCUACUUCCGGGGAUCCGCCGCCGCCGCCGCCGCCGCCGCCGACCGGUCGCCGUCCACGGCCGCGCAGGCUCCUGCGGACCUGAUCCUGCCCGUGUCGAGAAGCCUUCCUGUGGACGACGGGCUGUGGUUCGUGGUCCAGAACACCACCGACAUCGAGUCCGCGCCGGUCGCCGUGCCGGCCAACGCGUACCGCGCGGUGCUCGAGGUCUGCGUGUCGUCGCACGGCUUCGACGAGGCGUGGUACAUGAACACGCCGGCGGAGAACGGGCCGUUCCGCGAGGUCACCGUGCUGCUGGACGGCGACGUGGUGGGCGCCGUGUGGCCGUUCCCGGUGAUCUACACGGACGGCAUCAACCCGCUCAUCUGGCGCCCCAUCACCGGCAUUGGCUCCUUCAACAUGCCCACCUACGACAUCGAGCUCACGCCGUUCCUGGGCAAGCUUCUGGACGGCAAGGCGCACGAGGUCGGGUUCGCGGUGACCAACGCGCAGAGGUUCUGGUACGUGAACGCCAACCUCCACCUCUGGCUGGACCCCAAGAGCUCCGUCACCACGGGCGGCCUCGUCUCCUACGACGCGCCGAAGCUGGCCGGCAGCAUCGUGGGGCACUCCAAGGACGGCUUCGACGGGGAGUACCGCGCCUCGGCGAGCCGGAACAUCUCGGCCACAGGGUGGGUCAUGAGCUCCACCCAUGGCUACGUCACCACGAGCUUCACCCAGCGGCUGGUGUUCGCGAACACGAACGUGGUGAGCCACAAAGGGGACGCGCAGGACAUCAACCAGACCAUCGACGCGCGCACGGAGGUGGCCGGCGCGUACUACGCGCAGCGGGUGCACCAGAGCUUCCCGCUCUACAUCUUCCAGGGCGCCGACGGCAGCGGCUCGAACCAGCGGCUGACGCGGCGUGUGGAGAUCGGGUUCGUGGAGACCCGCGAGGGGCCGGCCAAGACGAGCACGCUGCGGAACAUGCAGAAGGCGGAGGCGGAGCUGGUGAUGCGGGCCGACAAGGAGGCCGGCGCGUCGUGGCGGAUGCACCAGGUGUACAGCUACGGCGCCAGCAACGGCGCCUGCUACGUCAGGAACGUCACCAGCGUCGGCUACGACGUGCUCUUCGACCAUUACGACGCGUCCUGCGGCGGGGCGAGCCGACGUUGACGCCUGGAUUUAGCAAGUGUAGAUGACCGCCGGGAUAACGGCCGGAAGGGACCCCGGUGCAGACUGUAAUGGGGACAGAUGCGGGCCCUCGUAGUUUCCUUUAGUCCUUGCGUGUUAUGAUGUGUCCUUUCGUGCCCUUAGCUAUGAAUAAGAACAAUGAUCUGAUACUCCCUCCGUUUCUUGAAA